AUGCCACGUAAUCCCACACAGAAACGACCUUCACAAAGCAAUCCUAUGGUGGAAGCAGUAGAAGGCAAACGACAGUCUAAGCUGAGUAAGAAGAUUCUUGAGGCUGCAAGUCAGGAUGCUCCUGUAUUGAAGCAUCAUGGUCGCCCUCCCAAGCAAGUGCCAGGACAAAGCGACUUAAAUACUGAUGUCCAUGGUGACAAAGCUAAACAUACUUCAGUCUGGGUUGAUGAAGGAGCUCUGGCGAAACUUCAAGACAAGAACAGAGUUGAUGGUGGGAUUCAUGUGGCUCAAGAGACUAAGGUGCUCUUCUUUACUGUUCUCUUCAUAUUUACUCAUUAUCUUUGA